GUUAAAUUCUAUUUUUCUAUUUUUUCGAGUUGAAGGAAGGAUUAAAAAAAUGUCAUUUGAAAAUAUUCCAAUUUUGUCAAUUAACGUUAAGAUUUGGAAAUUUUGGUCUGUAAUAUUGUCACAUACUUGGAGGCGAUAUAUUUUUGUCGGACCAAUUGCCAUUAUGAAUGUACUGCAAUUUGUAUUUUUGUAUCAGAAAUGGGGCGAAGUGGAUACGUUCAUACUGAACGCAUUUUACGCGAUGGCAAUUUUUAACUCCUUGCUGCGGACUGUAAUGGUGAUAUUCAAUCGGGCGAGAUUUGAAAAUUUUAUGACAGAAUUGGCAGCCCUAUAUGUUGAUAUUGAAGAAAGCAACAAUCAAUCAGCGAUAGAAACCUUAAAAAAGGCAACUGAGGAAUCAAGGAAAAUAUCAACUUUUAAUUUGACUGCUUCGUUCUUUGAUCUGAUUGGAGCACUUCUUUAUCCAGUCUUUAGCAAAACCAAAGUUCACCCGUUUGGAGUGGCAAUUCCUGGCAUCGAUGUUACCUUAUUCCCUUUCUACGAAAUCAUAUAUUUUAUGCAGCUUUCAUUUCCUGUCAUCCUCACAUCAAUGUAUAUGCCAUUCGUGAGUCUCUUCGUAUCGUUUGCAAUGUUUGGAACAGCAGCUUUAAAAAACAUCCAAAUGCAGCUCAGAAAUUUAUACAGCCUUAAUCAAUCCGAAGAACAAAUGUAUCAUGACCUAAUCGCAUGCAUUUCAUAUCAUGCCAGAAUUAUGAGAUUUGUCGAGGACUUAAAUUCCUUGGUAACUUACAUCCUGUUUGCAGAGUUUAUGAUUUACUCCGUGAUUCUUUGUGCAUUACUCUUUUGUUUGAAUAUUAUUGAGUCGGUAAUGCAGAAAAUUGCAGUCAUAAUGUACAUCAUGACGAUGCUUUACGUCCUCUUCACAUAUUACUGGCAAGCUAACGAACUUUUGACUGAGAGCAUUAAGGUGUCUGUUGCAGCAUAUGAUGUUGAAUGGUUUCAUUGCAGUGGACGAUUUAAAAAGACGUUACUUUGUUUUAUAAUGAGGACUCAAAAACCAUUGGUGAUAAUGUUGGGGAAUGUUUAUCCAAUGUCUCUUGAGACUUUUCAAUCACUUUUGAAUGCAUCAUAUUCAUAUUUUACUUUGUUACGAGAAGCUUAUAAGUAAAACUGUCCGAAUCUUAAACUUCUUAUUAAUAUUAUUUUUAUGAGUUUCGAACUUAUGUAGCUUCAAUAAUAAAAAU